CGCCUGAGCCACCCCACAGUUUUGGGGACCGCCUCCGCCAAGAUGGCGCCGGCGCCGGCUCCUCCUCUUGGUUCUCUCUUGGGAAAUCGAGUGGGGCGGGAAGCUGUCGCCGGGGCUGGCCCUCCUCGCGGGUGGGGAGACUGUGAGGGCCGGCAGGCGGGCGGGGCAGCGGUACUGGCAGCGGCGGUGGAGGAAGCCCAAGGAGUAAGCGCAAACAAGGCAGGGACCGAGAGACGGAGCCCGGGACGGCACGCUUCGGCUUGUGACCAAGCAGAGCGCUCGGGCUGAGGCGCGGAAGGGCUCGGGGCGCAACGGGAUUCUCGUGAAAAAUGGUGGAUCGCUUGGCAAACAGUGAAGCAAAUACAAGACGAAUAAGCAUCGUGGAAAACUGUUUUGGAGCUGCUGGUCAACCUUUGACAAUUCCUGGCCGAGUCCUUAUUGGUGAAGGAGUGCUAACAAAGCUGUGUAGGAAGAAGCCCAAAGCACGGCAGUUCUUCUUAUUCAAUGAUAUUCUUGUAUAUGGUAACAUUGUCAUUCAGAAGAAGAAAUACAACAAACAGCACAUCAUUCCACUGGAAAAUGUAACUAUUGAGUCCAUCCAGGAUGAAGGGGAUCUCCGGAAUGGAUGGCUCAUCAAAACCCCAACUAAAUCGUUUGCAGUGUAUGCCGCUACUGCCACAGAAAAAUCUGAAUGGAUGAACCACAUAAAUAAAUGUGUCUCUGAUUUGCUGUCUAAAAGUGGGAAAACUCCUAGCAAUGAACAUGCAGCUGUAUGGGUACCUGAUUCUGAAGCUACUGUAUGCAUGCGCUGCCAGAAAGCAAAAUUUACUCCUGUCAAUCGUCGACAUCACUGUCGGAAAUGUGGGUUUGUUGUAUGUGGGCCUUGUUCAGAAAAGAGGUUUCUUAUUCCAAGCCAGUCUUCCAAGCCUGUGCGGAUCUGUGACUUCUGCUAUGACCUCCUUUCCACAGGAGAGAUGAAUGCAUGCCAGCCCACAAGGUCAGACUCUUACAGCCAGUCACUGAAGCCUCCUUUAAAUGAUAUAUCGGAUGAUGAUGAUGAUGACGAUAGCAGUGACUAGACAAUGAAAGAGAAUGUUUUGAUAUUAAAAGUUGGCAUUUGCAUCUGAGUUGCUGUAUGAGGAAACCUCUACUUGCAGGCUUUUCUGAAAGGUCUACUCUAGCCAUAUAAAACUUGCCUGAAAAACCUUCAGCUCAAAUGUGCCUCAGUAUCAGACUCUUUUACAUCUAGCAUUUUUUCCCUGCAGGGACAGACUGUUGCAAGUAUAUUAUUUCUCAGCUUCAUAUACUUGAUUUCCUCUAAAGCAGUCAAUUAAUCAUCCUUCUUGUCUCCUUCCCAUUGAAAGAUUAGAAAGUCAAGCACAAUUUUGUUCUUUUCUUUUUCUGCAACAAGCAAUCCUGCAUUGUGUCUGACAAUGUUAUCUUAUGGCUUCCUUUUAAUUUUGGGAUGGAAGAAUUAAGCCUGCAUGAAUCUGUGAUAUUUUGGUUGGCAAAUUGAUAGGGCAUCCAGCUAGACUUUGAAACUGACCCCUUGUUACAUAAGUGUGAACCGUAAUUUCAUUAACUUUUAAAACUUUAUGCAAGAUGUCAUAUACCAAGCAGUGCCUUGUGAUGAUUCAAUUGUUACAGGAAGAAAUUAAUUCAUUUUUACCCUGACAUACAAAAAGUUAAGAAAUGUGGUGCUAUUGAAAAUAGUUGGUGUUGUAUAAUUAGGAUCUUAGUAAUGAGGGCUGUUGGGCAUACUGCUACUCUGUGUCACUAGCUCUGCAAAAUCAGUUUCCACUAAGAUGCUGCAUGAGGAUAGAUGCAGCACUAUUGUGGAGACCAAUUAUUCUGAAUUCCCUAUAAGUGUGGUGUUCCCACCCCAUGAACAAAAGUGAUGGGCUUGGUGACUUCUAAGAAAUUAGAUCUUCAGAUAGAGUUAGUAUCUUGCUACUUUUAAAGCUCUGUGAGAUUAUUAAAUGUUUAUAGCUAUCAGGUAUUAGUUGAGAAUUAUAUUGUCUCAGACCAUGCUUUUGCUGUUUUUUUAUUUUAUAUUUAUGAAAUUCACAUAUGUCACUAACCUUUAGCAACUUUAGGAAUUGAAUUUUUUAAAAAUAAUCAGAAUACAUUUCAAAGGCACAACAAUAUGGAAAAAUAUCCCAACCGUCCAGCUGAAAAAAAAAACCCUUUGCAAAACUGUCCAUCCUUUGUACACAGCUGACCUCAAGCUAGAAAUGAACUACAGAUGACUUCAUUUUACUUAUAUAAAUCAAAGACCAGGAUACAUAAUGAAAAAGGUGUUUCCAAAAAGUAUUUACUUUUAGCAGCAUUUUUUUCUAUCAUGGUGUCAGUUUUAGAGAAAUAUCAGAUUUAGGUCUGUGAACUUUCAUAAAGCCCCAAUAGAAAUCUCUAUUUUUAUAUAACUUAUGUUUAAUCAGUUUAUGUAGAAGUCCCCUGAGAGGACUGUACAGAAAAUAGCGCCUGGAAGAUUAUAAAAAUUAUUGAAUAUUAUCUGUACAAAAAGUUGGCAUUAUCUACACAUCUGUUUGUUAACUUACACAUUCUCCAUUGUUUGCCUCAUCUGGCAGUAAUUUGGAUAUAUUUAUUGAAUAAAUAAUUGGUUCUGUAUCUAGCACUAGUCUCCCAGUCUGUAAUCUAGCUGCUGUAGCCACAGAUGUCACUCUUGAGGGAGGGAAAAGGGGGUGGGGGAGAAUGAUCGUUUUUUUAAAAAAGAGUAUUCUGAGCAGCCUCCAGACACUUUAGAGCUUGCUUGAGAAUGACCUGGAUAUUAUGCGGUAGCAGUACCCAGUAGAUCAUGCCUCCUGACAGCUAUAGUUUUCCAGCUGAUACCAAAUACCUGAAUGGUGCUAAUAGGAAAAGCCCUGCAUUAAUUCAGGUAAGCAGUCCAGAGAGGUACACAUUCACCCAUAUUUUCAAGCUAACUGCCCCCAUAGAUUCUCCUGAUGUUCCUUGAAUUUACAAGUUUAGAAACCCCCCUUUAGGUUAUAAUUAGAAUGUUUUGACUGGGUUAACAUUUGUACACUAUGCUAAAAGAUACAUAAUGAAUGAAUUUCGAUGUAAUAUUAAACAAUAGUUUACUAUUACAAGAAUGAGCCUUCCUGUGCAAACCCUUUCCUCUCUCCUCAGGCACAACUGCAAGGAGAUUGCAAGGUUCUUUUUUUUAGAUUAACAGAAGAUUCCUAUGUUGUCUUGACUCUAAACUGUGAUUAAUCUUAACCAUGAUUAGUUGAAAUGAGCAACUCUUAAAAACUGGUCCUAGUUUUCUUUGUUCCAACAAAACAGAAUUGAGAUUAACCACAGUAUGUAUAAGUUGAUAUGACAUGAGAAACAGUGAUUAAUCUAAAGUCAAGUGAAAGCUUCAAGCCCUGUUAUGGUUGCAUACAAACUGAAGCCAUCUCUGAAUUUCAUUGUAAUGCUAUACCAUGACUUGGUGUUUUAUGUGCCUGAGGCAUUCAACAAAUAUGAAAGGUCGGCCAAAUUCUGUUGGUGUCUGCAUAACUUGCCAUGGCUAAUUAUGCCUAUUUAAUGAGGUGCUUAGUCACAUGCCCAAUUUUGCAACUGAGAUGUGCCCUGGCACCUCACUAAUUAGCUGCAACUAACUUUAGCAAAUUACACAUACUUUUCACCAACACCCAUAGGAUUCUGGCCACUAUGUUAAAACACUAAAACAAACAAGCAGUUGAGCAUUAAUGUGUAGUUGAUGCCUAGAAAUGAUAGUUUAAGCAGGUUCCAAGGACACAAUCCUGUGCAUGCUUUUCUUGGGAUGAAAUCCCAUUUAAAUCAUUGGAAAUUUCUAAUCAAGCAAGCAUUGGCCAUAAGUAUAAUCCAUUUCUUCUGCUGAAUGGAUCAUUUGAAUAUCAUCCCUUAUUCAUAGCACAGAUACAGACUCUAAGGUAGAUCUGGAUACAGUUUAGCUUUCCUAUUCUUAUCCUAAGAUUUGUAAAAAAAAUCAUAUUUUCGAUAAUGAAUGUCAAACCUGUAUUUGCCCAAUUAUUGUUGUAUGUUGCACAAAUGUUGUAGCACUUUCUACCAGCAAGAACAUUUUAACUUUCAUUUGGCAACAUGCCCUGCCUACCAAUCCCCUAACAACCUAUCACUAUCUGUGAAUGAAAUUCACACUAUGCUGCAAUUAAUUCCUGAAGCUGUUACCAAAUUGACAUCAUAGGACAAAAUAAUCCUAGGAAGAGGAGUGUGAAAAUAGGUGACCACUUAUGUGGUUCUGUGCAGAAUUUUAUUGUGUAAAGUAAAAUGUUGUCUGUUAUGUUAGAAUUUUACAAGGGCUUAAUAAAUGGUUUUGUAACUUUGUCA